CUCUAAAUUAAUGCACCAGGGAAUCACCGCUGUUGCGGACACCACGCAUUGGGAGCAAAACGCGGGACAGGCAAACAACAUUGAACGCACGCUGUUGUUGACAGCUUGGCAUCGCUCGGACGUGUGCAUAUUCUUUCUCGGCGAGGACCUUCGAGGAGCAUCCUCGACCAUCUGGUAAAAACAGCACGCACGAAAGCUCAGCCUGGGGGGCCGGCGGCAGAGAGCUGUACCGUCUACCAUCCUGAUGUUUUCACAAAACGGCUCUAACUUCAUUGUAUCGUCACGGCCAAACACCGUGCACUGGAUGUACAAACUAGACGUCAAACACGCGUCUGCACUCCCUCCUAGGGGUGGUGGCUUCGCUGUGAUCGUCCUCCCCCAGGAGCCCUCCAAUGGGGUAUCCCGCUCCCCUCAGAUUGCGAGCGAAAAAAUUAAGGUAUGCUAUACCCUCGUCGGUGCGGCCAUGGACCACCUUCAGGGCAAUCUUCCCGAAAGACAUCCACUUUGUGCCUGUGUGGGAUGCCCCAGUGCCUGCGCUGAACAUCAGGCCGUGACCACUACCUUGCCUGUGACUGUGGAGUUUGGCCUCUGCCCAUUUCCCAGUGAUGUUGACGCUCAUGAAGUACGUGUCCGCGCAAGCGCCACCCACCUGCCGCGCGUCGGCAUCCACGCGAAGGAGCGUCGUCAGCGGACGCGCCUUGAAGGGCACGAGGAGGAGGACGUGGGCUCCAGGCUUCAUCACGUCGAAAUGCUGCCCUCGCACAUUCACCAGAUGCGGAUCGCCUGACGCGCUCACCCGCAUCGAAGUUGGCGCAGGUGUCGGCGAAGCAGUCGGUGCCGUAGUCGGCGCAGCUGUCGGUGCUGCAGUCGGCGCAGCUGUCGGCGCACUGGUCGGGGCCCUCGUCGGAGCAGCCGUCGGCGCAGCUGUCGGCGCAGCCGUCGGCGCCGCUGUCGGCGAAGCAGUCGGUGCCGCAGUCGGCGCAGCUGUCGGUGCCGCAGUUGGUGCGGCCGUCGGCGCCGCUGUCGGCGCGCUGUCGGUGCCGCAGUUGGUGCGGCCGUCGGCGCCGCUGUCGGCGCGGCUGUCGGCGCCAUGGUUGGUGCAGCAGUCGGCGCAGCUGUCGGUGCCGCAGUCGGGGCCGCUGUCGGCGCAGGUGUCGGCGCCGCUGUCGGUGUCGCUGUUGGCGCAGCGGUCGGCCGCGCAGUCGGCGCGGCUGUCGGCGCGGCUGUUGGUGCCGCAGUCGGCGCAGCUGUCGGGGAACCAGUCGGUGCCAUCGUUGGUGUUGAAGUCGGAGCAGCAGUUGGCGCAAAUGUCGGGGCCGCUGUCGGAGAGGGAGUCGGUGUCGAGGUGGGUGCAACUGUAGGCGAGAAACAAGUCUGGCUCAACUCGUCGGCGAAGAACAAAGAAGUCCCGGCCAUGGCGAAAUUGCGGCCGUAAGUCUGGACAUGUAAUUGCGGGGUUUGUCCGUCAAGAUCCUGAACGAGACGAAGAACUCGCUGACGUUGGAGAACUCGACCAUGAAGCAUCGCUUUGCCUGGUCCACGGUCGCGGCCGACGCGUCUGGGCAGGUGAUGUUGGUCAGCUGGUUUUGGUUUUGCGGGUUGUCGCAGCCGUGGCCGAACAUCCGCGAGGUUGCCAAGAUCGCAAACUUUUCGCCAGAACUGGAGACGUACUUCCUGGAAGACCUGCCCGGAAUCGAUGUCUGGAUGGAGGAUGUUGCAUAUGUCAAUGGAACUGGGUUUCCACCCAUGAGAGUAUUGAAUUCGUACAAGUCCAAAUCAAAAUCGAUGUCAUCGUCGACCGUGUAGACUGCACUGACACCGUCGAGAGCUUCAUCUCGUUCUCCCCAUCCUUGUAGUGGUCAAUGUCACAGAACGUAAUCUUUGGCAGGUAUGGCGUCUCAGGGCAGAAGGUAUGGUUUCUCACAAAUUCCGCCUUGAGGUUCACAUAUUCCCCGAUGAGCAGGUUCACAGUUGCCUGAGACCCAGAAAUCUGGUUCCAAUUCGUAUUCCUCGGGACAUAAGAGGAUGUGUUGACGAACACCAUAUCGAUGUGUAUCCCGUUUGCAAGUUGUCCGACUCCAAAAUAUCUGAGCUCCUUCGGCCUGCCAAAGUCAGGACCCAGUCCAGCAAGGUUUGAGUGCGAUGUCCUCCCCAUGGCAUCGCCGCUCGCGCCCGUAAACUCGAUCCAGUCCUCACAAACUGCAUUGAUGGGACGGUCGUGUGCGGGACACUCCUCUGGACACACGCAACACAUGUAUGAGGAGAAGUCUUCAUCGUCAUAAUUCGGUCGAAGCAAAUGCCCACGAAUGGCUGUUCAGAGUCGUGCGAGUAGGCUUCGCACGAGUUGCCCAUUCUGUUCGUAGCACCGUUGCUUGUGUCUACACAGGUGGUCGGCGAUGGUGUCGCAACAGCUGUCACUGCUCGAUGCUGGCGUGAAGACAGCCAGCCAAGAGGCAACCGUUCUGAACGCUGCGUCGCGUUCCGCACCUCAUACGACAAGUCACCCAUAGAGACCUGCAGCAUGGCAACGUCGAUGUGCCCCGCACGCUCGAGCACUCCAAACAUGUCUAGGCUGGCUGUUGCGGCUCCUACGCCACACGUAGUAGCAGACUCAAAGAAAGCAUUGCUAGCGCUACUGCAGCCUGCCUUGCGCAGCAUGGUGCAACACAACGAUACGAAGAUGAUAUACUCAUGAUAUGCCACUCCCUCUGAUGCUAUCUCUUCCCACCCGCCGAAUAUGAAUGUCACGGCCAGGCGCGCUGGCCAAGGAGCCGGCCCCUCCGGAGAACCACUGGCCUUUGGAGUUCAGUACCGGGGUGAUCCUCAGCCGCCU